AAGAAAAAAAGCUCAGUCAAGUUUUGCGAGUCGAAGGGGACACAUCAGUCUGUCUGUACGCAGGCGAAUACAGGAUUCUCGACACGCUGUUUCUUAUUUCUGGAUAUUUUAUCUUACUGUUUCGAAAAAGGGGACGUAUAUAUAUAUAUAUAGACAAACAAGUGACCCAGAAAGUCGCUCGACGCUGUCGCUUUAAAGCGAAUACCUCCCCCUCCCCUUAAUUUUGUGAGCCCCCACCUAAUCGACGCAGAUAACAUGGACGGAUUCUAUGACCAGCAAGUCCCAUUUAUGGUCCCACCCAGUCACAAAUCCCAUUUGGAGGAAGCAGCUCACAGCAGGCCUCUAAACGAUAGGAAAAGGAAAUUUAUUGACACGGAACUCGCCCAGGACACGGAAGAACUCUUCCAAGACCUCAGUCAGCUCCAGGAGAUCUGGAUCGCAGAAGCCCAGGUGCCUGAUGACGAACAGUUUGUCCCAGAUUUCCAGUCAGAUAACUUGAUGUUUCAUGGCCCGCCACCAGCCAAGAUCAAACGAGAGCUGACUCCUUCCAAAGAGCUUUCUCCUUGUCACCAGGACAGGAGUCCCAUGCCCUACGGAGAGAAGUGCCUUUAUAGCUACAGUGCCUGCGACAGGAAGCCCACUCCCGGGUUCAAGCCACUAACUCCCCCCUCCACACCAGUCUCUCCUUGUGGCCCCACCAGCACAGCAGUAACCCACCCACUGAGUGAACAGACCCCCCCUCUGCACUCCCAUGUAGCUAACCCAACCCCAGGCGCUCGUCCAGUGCACAUCCAGCAGUCUAUAACAGCGAGCACAGCCCCUCCCAACGCGCAGGGCCUUCCAGUCAACAACCACAGCCCACCCUUUGCCGUGCCCUGUGCCCCUGUCAGCCAGGAUGCCAACAGCUUCACACCUGAGCACAGAUUCCAGAGGCAGAUGUCAGAACCAUGUUUACUUUUCCCCCCAUCUGAGAGUCAAGGGCGCCCCCAGUUCUUGCCUCAGCCCCCCAGCAGCAGCUCCAACAGCCUGCCACGCGAUGGCCGGCCGCCAUACCACAGGCAGAUGUCAGAGCCAUUGGUGGCUGUGCCUCCCCAGGGUUUCAAGCAGGAGCUCGUUGACCCACGAUACACAGAGCAGGGUGUCCCCGCCAUGGGACCCCCGGGCCCUCCACGUCAGGCAGCUUUCCACCCCAUGGCUAUCAAACAGGAGCCUAGAGACUUCUGCUUCGAUUCCGAAGUGCCUAACUGUCAGUCAUCGUUCGGGAGAGCUGGAAGCUUCUACCAAAAUAACCAUGACAGCUUCUCCUUUGACAGAGAUGCUCAGCUGUACUUUGAUGAUACAUGCGUGGUUCCUGAAAGAUUAGAAGGUAAAGUAAAACAGGAGCCUUCAGUCUAUCGUGAUGGGCCUCCUUAUCAGCGCCGCGGCUCCCUGCAGCUCUGGCAGUUCCUGGUCACCUUACUGGACGACCCAGCCAACGGCCACUUCAUAGCCUGGACUGGUCGUGGGAUGGAAUUCAAGCUCAUUGAGCCCGAGGAGGUGGCUCGUCGCUGGGGCAUCCAAAAGAACAGACCUGCCAUGAACUACGACAAGCUGAGCCGCUCACUGCGUUAUUACUAUGAGAAGGGCAUCAUGCAGAAGGUAAAGGUGGCUGGUGAGCGGUACGUGUACAAGUUUGUGUGUGACCCCGAGGCUCUGUUUUCCAUGGCCUUCCCCGACAAACAGAGGCCCAGUCUUAAGGCUGACCCAGACAGCCUGCCGGGGCUCGACGAUGACACCGUGCCCCUCACCCACUAUGACGAAACUGCUCCCUACCUGCUGGACGGCGGGGAGCAGUGUGUGGCAGGCCUGCCCUUUCCAGAUGGUUACGGCUACUAAAUGGGCAGUGGGGGUUCCCCAACUCACAAACACACAUGUACAUGCAAACACUCCCAAUAAGUCUGUCGGCGCCCAGUCUUUAGAAUCCAGAGCUGGAGCUGCAGAGUUACUUGGAUCAACAUCCUGGCACUCUGCUCCUUCUUGGUUCCCUCUCCUGCUCGCUGGAAAAUAGAACUCUGUUGGCUCCUCAGCUGAGAAUGAAGGGAGAGGGCGGGAGGGGGCCUGCGAGGCUCCCCUACUUGCACCAUCAGAGAACAAGAGAAGAGAGGGUUGUAAAACCAGUGAUGGUGAACUGGACUAGGUUACUCAGCAAGAUAGGCUGCUGUUGCUGUGGAGACCAAAUGAAUUGUGGCCACAGGCAGCACACUUUAGGUGGACUGAUAGAUCUCCCACCCCUCCUUUUGUAAGAGAUUGGAGAAAAAAAAUUGUUACACUUUUGAUUUUGUGACAAUCUGCUCUUCUUAAAACAAUCAGUAUAAACAUGACGAAUCUAAUGAGAUAUUCUAAACUUCUUAAUAGUUGCCUUUAUGGUCCCCAAGUUAUUCAUGUCACCACAUUUGAACCAUGAGAUCCGUGAAAGGGCUUUAAAUGCAUUAAAACUGAUUGACAAAACACACAGCAUAUGUUGAAAACAUUUCUGUAGAUAGGACAACCUUGUUUGUUUUUGUUUUUGUGCCAGCUGUUUUAUGAUUCUGUUAAGACUUCAGAGACCCAGAACUCUCAGGUCCUUUCUGAGGCGUUGCUGUAUUUCAGGCUAGUCAGUUGGUUGGGCUGCUCUCUCGUGUAAAUGUUCUUUAACUGUUCUGCCCGUGUAAGAGAUUGUAUCCGCUUCCCUUUAAAGACUGCACCCCACAGUAAGAGCCUACGGUCUAUACAGUACACUCCUCAUGUCCGUUCAUCACUGCUGGGUCUGUAUUGCUCAAACUUUAGCAUAGAACUCCCAUCUCCUUUUUUUCUUUUCUUUUUUUAAGCCUAAGAAGUUGUAUGAUAAAUGGUCACAUUGCUCAUUGUUUUUUGUAUUUCUGUCUGGGUGCUUAAUGUUUCCUUGGCAGUGUACUAGUUCCUCUGAUGCACCAGUAUGGCAGGAGCAUCAGGAUGCUGCAUGCAAAAAAAAAAAAAAAGAAAGAAAGAAAAGAGGUGAAACUUGGACAUUUGACACCUCUGCCAAUCACGAGCUGUCAGCAGACCUCCUCUGUUUCUCUUUGCAUGGUGUAAUCUGUUCAAGACUGUGUCCACUAACAUAUUGCUUUACUGUCAUUGGACAAAGAAGAUAUUUGUGAUAUUCUCUGCAGUUUUUUGUGUUUAUCUGUUUCUGAAUGGGGGCAAAGACAAACUUAUAUAAAGUAUAUAUUUUUGCUAUAAGGCUGCGUUUGUUUUGAUUUUAAUGUAUAAGCUGUAUAGUUUUGGCUCUAAUAGAAAUGUACCUUUUUUUUACAAAAACAAAACAAAAAAAUCUUUUCUUGUGAUGCAACUACUGCAGACUACAACUACUCUUUUUUUUUUUUUUUUUUUUUUUUUUUUGUGUUGGGUUGGAGAAAGGCUGAGAUAUUAUCUUGCCUGUAAAAUGUAUGCGUAUAAAGGCCAGAGUACCAGCAAAGGCCAAAGUGAACACGUGUUCUAUCACGUAAUGCAACUCAGGCACAGGGUUUGUCUGCACUUGUACAGGCUUCAGCUCCCCCCCCUCACGAUGUGUUUCUUACACUGCUGGCUUUCUGAUAAUCUGUACUGGGUACAAUAAACAGUCCUUAAUGCUUCACUGCCUGCA